AUGAAUUUUGCUGAACGAAGAAAUAAAACUAAUCCUGAUUAGAAUUAGUUAUUAAGCAUGAGCAAUUAGAGUUCCUAAAGAAACUCUGCAGUCAAAGCAACAUUAAAAGUGUAUUCUGAGAUGAAAGAAGAUUAAAGCUGCAAAUUAGCUUUGAGAUUUACGUAAUUGAAAAUAGUUCUUGCAACUCAUAAGAUAGUGGGAAUCUGCCAUAAAAUCAAAGCAAUAAGGUUAUAACAUUAUUUUGAUGUUUUGCUUUUGACCAAAACACCAAAUGCUAAUCCUAUACCUAUGCCGAUUUUAAAUAAAAAUUAAUAAGGGUAAAUUUAAUAUUUAACACCUCCAACAAAAAAGAAAAGUGUCAAGUUUCAGCCUAAAUUCUCUAUUGCGCCUUGUUUAUUAAUUAAAUCUAUGUAUAAUAAGCGUGUUCGCAGUUACUUCAAUAUAUUACAAUAUAAUCAAAACAAAAAAAAUAAACAAAUAUCCUUCAAUAGCAUUUUAAUGCGGUUAUUCAGAAAAAAACAAACUUAACACUUCCAAAUUCUCAAGACAAGACUAUUAUAAUCAAAAAUAUUUAGGAAAAUUGCUUUAAUAACAAAAUAAAAGAUAAAAUCAAUGUAAUUAGAAGCGUUACUAACAAUUUCUUAAUACAUUUAUAAUGCUAACAUUCAUUCUCAAUAAGUAAGUUUAUUGGAUUCUGAAUUUUCACAAUAAUAGUAAUUAGAAUAACAAACACUCCAAGAUCUCCAGGAACAUGAAAUAAAUAAUUAAUUGAUGAGUGCUAAAGAAUAAUUGGCCAUGAAAUUUGCCAGUACGUCAUUAUUGAUUGGAAUUUUAAGUUAGGUGAUGAUAAAAGCAUAAUUUGCAUUUCUGUUUCAUCUAAGUUCUGGAUGCAAUCAAAAAUUAGAUAUCAGAGAAAUAAAAUCUAUUGAUAUUAGUGAGAAUCUAGACUAGUCUUAAAUUGAAGAAGACAAAAUAAAACCUAAGAUAAUUGCAGCUAAUCAAAUUAAUCACUUCCUAAUUUAAAAACUUAAAUAAUAUUUCUAUUAGAUUAAUCAAGUCCCUUCCAAAAUAUCUCGACCUUCGAUUAAAUAUUAUAGAGGAGAUAAGAAACUUAGAUCUUAAAAUUCUAAUCAUAAAUUAUUGAUAUUGGGAUAGAAAAUAUUUAAAGAAGAUGAUCCUUAGUAAAAGAGCACAGAUAUCACAGUUAAUGAAAAAAAAGGAUCAUUCAAAGCACUGCCUGGAGUUAGAUAUGUAACAUAAUAUUCAGAUAUUUCAAAAAAUGCCAUUUCUGAUAGCGAAGUAACUGAACAAUCCAUAAUUACAAAUUCUGUUAAUACGUUAUAAACAAUAAAAACUUCAGUAUUAGUGAAGAAUUAAAGCAAUCAUUAAACUUUUCAAAAUAAACCAGGUGAAAAAAAAGAAACACUUAAUUCUGCAAUUCAUGAUUCCAGCCAAAUGUUAAAAAAAUUCCCCUCCAAAAAUAUCUAAAAAAACAAUUGA